GGCGCGCCAAACGUCACGUGGCCUAACUUUUCGCGCGAAACAGUCCUCUGUUGUCAGCGGGGGAGCAAGCUGAAGAAACGGAAGAAGAGACGAACUGUCCGCUGCAGAAACCUUCUUCUUAAAGUAUUUUGCCUACAGUUUUGAAGGUGUUGCAUCAUGGACGUUGCCACAGCAACCGCGGAGAAUGCCGGGACGACCGUGAAGGACGAGCUGGCUGAAAAAUGCCAGAAGUUAUUCCAGGCCUUCUUAGAGGAGUUUCAGACCGGGGAUGGGGAGGUGAAGUAUGUGCGGGAGGCCGAGGAGCUGAUCAGGCCCGAGAGGAACACCCUGCUGGUGAGCUUCCUAGACCUGGAGGGCUUCAACCAGGAGCUGGCCACCACCAUCCAGGAGGAGUACUACAGGGUUUAUCCCUUCCUCUGCCGGGCUGUUCGCAACUUUGCCCGGGAUCAUGGGAAUGUUCCUCUCAACAAAGAGUUCUACGUCGCUAUUGAGGAUCUGCCCACCAGACACAAGAUCCGUGAGCUGUCCUCCAUGCGUAUUGGCACCCUGGUGAAGAUCAGCGGUCAGGUGGUGAGGACGCACCCGGUCCACCCUGAGCUGGUGAGCGGCACCUUCCUGUGCAUGGACUGCCAGGCGGUGAUCAAGGACGUCCCUCAGCAGUUCAAAUACUCCCCGCCGACCAUCUGCAGGAACCCCGUCUGCAACAACCGCUCCCGCUUCCACCUUGACACGCACAAAUCCAAGUUCAUCGACUUCCAGAAGGUGCGGAUCCAGGAGACGCAGGCGGAGCUGCCUCGAGGCUCCAUCCCGCGCUCGCUGGAGAUCAUCCUGAGGGCGGAGGCCGUGGAGACGGCUCAGGCCGGAGAUCGCUGCGACUUCACGGGGACCCUCAUCGUCGUGCCGGACGUCUCCCAGCUCAGCACUCCUGGCCUGCGAGCGGAGACCAGCACUCGUGUUCCUGGACGCCCUCAGGGGUUGGAGUCGGAGGGGCUGAGAGGACUGAAGGCCCUGGGAGUGAGAGAGUUGUCAUACAGACUGGCCUUCCUGGCCUGUAACGUGGCCCCGACUAACCCACGAUUUGGAGGGAAGGAGCUGCGUGACGAGGAGCAAACGGCCGAAAGCAUCAAGAGUCAGAUGACGGAGAAGGAGUGGGAGAAAGUGUUUGAGAUGAGCCAGGACAAGAACCUGUACCACAACCUGUGCACCAGCCUCUUCCCCACCAUCCACGGGAACGACGAGGUGAAGCGCGGCAUCCUGCUCAUGCUGUUCGGAGGCGUUCCCAAGACGACCAUGGAGGGAACCUCGCUCAGGGGAGACGUCAACGUCUGCAUCGUCGGAGACCCGAGUACCGCCAAGAGCCAGUUCCUCAAGCACGUGGAGGAGUUCAGUCCCAGAGCCGUGUACACCAGCGGCAAGGCCAGCAGCGCCGCGGGUCUGACUGCCGCGGUGGUCCGCGACGAGGAGUCCCACGAGUUUGUGAUCGAGGCCGGAGCUCUGAUGCUGGCCGACAACGGCGUGUGCUGCAUCGACGAGUUCGACAAGAUGGACCUGAAGGACCAGGUGGCCAUCCACGAAGCCAUGGAGCAGCAGACCAUCAGCAUCACCAAGGCUGGAGUCAAGGCCACCCUGAACGCCCGCACCUCCAUCCUGGCCGCCGCCAACCCGGUCAGCGGGCGCUACGACCGCAGCAAGAGCCUGAAGCAGAACAUCAACCUGACGGCCCCCAUCAUGAGCCGCUUCGACCUCUUCUUCAUCCUGGUGGACGAAUGCAACGAGGUCACGGAUUAUGCCAUCGCCAGACGCAUAGUGGACCUGCACUCCCGCGUGGAGGAGUCUGUGGACAGGCUCUACUCUCUGGACGAGAUCCGCAGAUACCUGCUGUUCGCCCGGCAGUUCAAGCCCAAGAUCUCCAGCGAAUCGGAGGAGUUCAUCGUGGAGCAGUACAAGCGUCUCCGUCAGCGCGACGGCUCCGGCAGCGUCUCCAAGUCCGCCUGGAGGAUAACGGUGCGGCAGCUGGAGAGCAUGAUCCGCCUCUCGGAGGCCAUGGCGCGCAUGCACUGCUGCGACGAGGUGCAGCCUAAACACGUGAAGGAAGCUUUCCGUCUUCUGAACAAGUCCAUCAUCAGGGUGGAGACGCCCGACAUCAACCUGGAGCAGGAGGAAGAAACGGAGGAAGAGUCCCAGCAGGAGGACGGCAACAACAUCCCAAACGGAGUGAAUGGAGUGAACGGCCACGUGGACGGCGUCAACGGCCACGUGAACGGAGACGUCAACGGACACGCGGACCUCGGCGCUCAGCCCAAGCCGUCUCUCCGUCUGUCUUUCGCCGAGUACAAGCGCAUCUCCAACCUGCUGGUGCUGCAUCUGCGCAGAGCAGAGGACGCUGAAGAAGAGGAGGAGCUGAAGAAGACUGCGGUGGUUAACUGGUAUCUGAAGGAGAUCGAGUCGGAGAUCGACUCCGAGGAAGAACUCAUCAACAGGAAGGGGCUGAUAGAGAAGGUCAUUCACCGGCUGGUCCACUACGACCACAUCCUGAUUGAGUUGUCUCAGGUGGGGUUGAAGGGUUCAGAGUCCGAGAGCUCAGAAGGAGACGGCGUCCUGGUCGUCAACCCCAACUACAUCCUGGAGGAUUGAACGACGUCAGACGUGUUUUGCUGACGUUGGUCGGAGGGUUCCAGAUGUUUGAGUUUAUCUCUGCUGUACAAAGAUUGCUUUUUGACUCGUAACAAAGUGAGGUGUUGUAAAUAAACGCUGCCCGUUGAGCUUUUCUGAACUUUGUAUGAACUGUAUGAUAUACAAAUACCAACACUUAAAACUUGUUUUCAAGCUGUAUUAUUAUGACAUGAAGAGUGAGGAAUGUUGGUUUAAUUGAUAAAAUUUUCUUAAACUGAUCCGUGUUGGUGAAGAUGCAUUUCAAUUAUCACUUGAGAGCUUAUUUGUAAUCGUUUUGUGUUACUGCGUCAGUGCAGCGUAGCUUGGAUUCUCCAGACUCUGUUGUGGGUUUAGGUGAGAUCAGUUCACUGGCAACAGGAAACACUAGUUUCAUUAUGUUCUGGUUGAACUCAUUACUGUCACAACAUGACAAGGCCUGACAUUGCAAUCUAGUUGUGCUGUCUUUAAUUUAUUGUUUUAUCCGUAUGUGCACUUUGGUGUAGUUGAUAGCUGUUUAUAAAGUGCUUUAUAAAUACAUCGACUUCACGAUAUCCACUGAAAAUUUAAUUAUUUACAAAAAGAACAUACAAACAAGCCAUAUUCUAACAAAAGUUUUUUUUAUUAAAUGGAUAUGUACAGCACAUCUUAAUCAUGAGAAUUCUCUACUUUGUUCCAAAUCUGAAAAAAACCACAAACACAUAAACACAGGGUGUGCUUUCAGUUCCCGAAAAGUUUCAAAUGUCCGCUUAUUGCACCAGAGUCUAAAGACUUCAGUCCCACGUUUGACGUUCAAACAUUAUGAGAAAAAACAGGCGAAGAAACACAAAGGGAAAAGGCCAAUAAAAUAAAAUAAAAUACAAACCUGGACCAACAUCUUGGAACAAAGACAGGCCAAAAAAAGGAGUUGCUCCUCAAACGCUUUCAUCACAAAAAACCCAAAGGCGGCCUCUAAAAAGCCUGAUAAAAUCCAUGAUUUAGAAAGGAAAAAUCUUUAAAACAGACUAAAGAUUUUAUUAUGACUGCGUGACGUUUGAUGUGCACCAGAGGGACAAAGCAGGAACUAACACGGCGUUACAGAAAAAUCCCUUGGGGGAACGUUCACGCCUCGCACACUCGGUUACUGACGCGGUAAUUGAUGCGGCUCCACUGAACCCAUACUUCCGAGACAUUGUCCGGGUCAAUUCCAAAACCUGAUCAGCAGAGUGGGUUCUUCUCUCCUGAUCCACUCAAAUGUCAAAAAAACAAAAACAGCAAUAAAAGUGAAAUUAAAACCUCUAGGGAAACGGAUACUGUGUUCAGAAAUGCUUCCCGUAAGAAGAAUAAAAUCCUUAUGGAGCAUUUCCACAAGAAAUGUUAAAAUGUAAAGGAAAAAAAUAUCUAAAAGUCAACAAUGCAUGAACUGAUCCAUUUCAACAGGUUUUUGUUUGCAGCUGAGUAAAGCCAGAUUAAUAGUGAAACAAUAUUUUUGGUUUUGUAGUAAACAAUUCCAACAGAGGCAAAAAUGAAAUGCAAAAAAAAAAAAAAAA